AUGGGCCGCCGCAACAGAAAGAAACGCACCAGCAGCGAAGAAGAUGAAUCAUUGGAGCGUCGCUACUUGAAGCGUCAGAAGGUGGCGGAAACCAAAGAUGGCGCCAAGACCCCAUCUGAAGACGUUGGUAGCGCAAGAGAAGGGAACGACCAGGAGGGCAAGACGACAAUCGACAAAGUUGAGCAGCUUCGUCUGAAGAAACAACGCCGCAAAGAGCUCAAACGAGCAAAGGAAGAGCGAAAGAUGCGACAAGGAGAGGAAGAAAAGAAACUGAUAAUCGAAGCGGCCGCAGCAGCAGGGAAACGUCGAAAGGACAAGAAAUCCAAGGAUGAAGUAGAAGAAGCCGCCAGCAAGCAAUCAACAUUUCGAACUCUCAAAAAAGCGGUGCAGUGUCAAGACGUGGUAGUUGGCCAAGGGCCGCCGGUUCGGCGUGGAAGCAAAGUGCGAGUCUCUUACACUUUGAGAGCCAAGAAUCGCUACGGCAAGGUCUUGGAUUCUUCCAAAAACUUUUCUUUUCGACUAGGCGGGGGAGAAGUGAUUGAAGGUUGGGACAUUGGAGUGGAGGGCAUGCGGCUUGGUGGACGCCGAUAUUUGAUAGUCCCUCCCAAAGCUGGAUAUGGCCGACAGAAUAUCGGGGCCGGUCCUGGUGCAAUUUUGUUUUUUGACGUUACUGUUAUUGGACUCUAA